AUGGCCGGCCCCAAGGGGUUCAUCCGCUAUAGUGCUUACCGCCUGGGCGGCAGCUCCUUCGCUGUGAUUGGUCUGGGGGCGCUGCGCCUCCGCGCUCGCAUUCGCUUCCCCAGGUGCUCGUGGCAUGACAACGGGGCUGCCCCUGGGGAUGCUGGCAUUCCGGGAAACGUGGAGGUGUUUUAUCCGGGGGAGCAUCAUGACUUGGAGUAUGAAACGGUCGUGCUCAAGUGCUUUCUGAGAGCUGACACCCAUGCUACGCAAGGGGGCAAACUGCUGCUCCAGGUGCAAGUGCAAGCCACCCACGGGUCGCGGGUCCUAUCAGUCAACACACAGCAGCUAAUCGCCUACCAUGAGCCGCCCAACGCCUUCCCUGUCUCCCUGGAGCCGCAUCCCCCUUAUAAGCACCGCGUGGCGUUCUGCUCCCCGCCAGUGCACUCGGAACUGGACGGGAGGAGGCUGUACGAGUGGUUGGAGUAUCAUUACCAUCUGGGCGUGGAUUACUCGAUCAUGUAUGAUGCAGGGGGCAUUGACGAUGAAGUUACCCAAGUGCUGAUACCAUACGAGCAGGAAGGCCUGCUGGAGGUCAGAGAUAUUGGGGACUUUCUGGAGUACGAAACGGGUGGUGGUGAGGGUGAGUUUGGGGAUGUUGAAUUGAAAUCACUUUUGAGUAUUCUCAAAAGGGGUGGUGGGGAGGGUGAGUUUGGGGAUGUUGAAUUGAAAUCACUUUUGAGUAUUCUCAAAAGGGGUGGUGGUGAGGGUGAGUUUGGGGAUGUUGAAUUGAAAUCACUUUUGAGUAUUCUCAAAAGGGGUGGUGGUGAGGGUGAGUUUGGGGAUGUUGAAUUGAAAUCACUUUUGAGUAUUCUCAAAAGGGGUGGUGGUGAGGGUGAGUUUGGGGGUGUUGAAUUGAAAUCAUUUUUGAGUAUUCUCAAAAGGGGUGGUGGUGAGGGUGAGUUUGGGGAUGUUGAAUUGAAAUCACUUUUGAGUAUUCUCAAAAGGGGUGGUGGUGAGGGUGAGUUUGGGGAUGUUGAAUUGAAAUCACUUUUGAGUAUUCUCAAAAGGGGUGGUGGUGAGGGUGAGUUUGGGGAUGUUGAAUUGAAAUCACUUUUGAGUAUUCUCAAAAGGGGUGGUGGGGAGGGUGAGUUUGGGGAUGUUGAAUUGAAAUCACUUUUGAGUAUUCUCAAAAGGGGUGGUGGUGAGGGUGAGUUUGGGGAUGUUGAAUUGAAAUCACUUUUGAGUAUUCUCAAAAGGGGUGGUGGUGAGGGUGAGUUUGGGGAUGUUGAAUUGAAAUCACUUUUGAGUAUUCUCAAAAGGGGUGGUGGUGAGGGUGAGUUUGGGGGUGUUGAAUUGAAAUCAUUUUUGAGUAUUCUCAAAAGGGGUGGUGGUGAGGGUGAGUUUGGGGAUGUUGAAUUGAAAUCACUUUUGAGUAUUCUCAAAAGGGGUGGUGGUGAGGGUGAGUUUGGGGAUGUUGAAUUGAAAUCACUUUUGAGUAUUCUCAAAAGGGGUGGUGGUGAGGGUGAGGGUGGUGGUGAGGGUGAGUUUGGGGAUGUUGAAUUGAAAUCACUUUUGAGUAUUCUCAAAAGGGGUGGUGGUGAGGGUGAGUUUGGGGGUGUUGAAUUGAAAUCACUUUUGAGAAUACUCAAAAGGGGUGGUGGUGAGGGUGAGUUUGGGGAUGUUGAAUUGAAAUCACUUUUGAGUAUUCUCAAAAGGGGUGGUGGGGAGGGUGAGUUUGGGGAUGUUGAAUUGAAAUCACUUUUGAGUAUUCUCAAAAGGGGUGGUGGUGAGGGUGAGUUUGGGGAUGUUGAAUUGAAAUCACUUUUGAGUAUUCUCAAAAGGGGUGGUGGUGAGGGUGAGUUUGGGGAUGUUGAAUUGAAAUCACUUUUGAGUAUUCUCAAAAGGGGUGGUGGUGAGGGUGAGUUUGGGGGUGUUGAAUUGAAAUCAUUUUUGAGUAUUCUCAAAAGGGGUGGUGGUGAGGGUGAGUUUGGGGAUGUUGAAUUGAAAUCACUUUUGAGUAUUCUCAAAAGGGGUGGUGGUGAGGGUGAGUUUGGGGGUGUUGAAUUGAAAUCACUUUUGAGUAUUCUCAAAAGGGGUGGUGGGGAGGGUGAGUUUGGGGAUGUUGAAUUGAAAUCACUUUUGAGUAUUCUCAAAAGGGGUGGUGGUGAGGGUGAGUUUGGGGAUGUUGAAUUGAAAUCACUUUUGAGUAUUCUCAAAAGGGGUGGUGGUGAGGGUGAGUUUGGGGAUGUUGAAUUGAAAUCACUUUUGAGUAUUCUCAAAAGGGGUGGUGGUGAGGGUGAGUUUGGGGGUGUUGAAUUGAAAUCAUUUUUGAGUAUUCUCAAAAGGGGUGGUGGUGAGGGUGAGUUUGGGGAUGUUGAAUUGAAAUCACUUUUGAGUAUUCUCAAAAGGGGUGGUGGUGAGGGUGAGUUUGGGGAUGUUGAAUUGAAAUCACUUUUGAGUAUUCUCAAAAGGGGUGGUGGUGAGGGUGAGUUUGGGGAUGUUGAAUUGAAAUCACUUUUGAGUAUUCUCAAAAGGGGUGGUGGUGAGGGUGAGGGUGGUGGUGAGGGUGAGUUUGGGGAUGUUGAAUUGAAAUCACUUUUGAGUAUUCUCAAAAGGGGUGGUGGUGAGGGUGAGUUUGGGGGUGUUGAAUUGAAAUCACUUUUGAGAAUACUCAAAAGGGGUGGUGGUGAGGGUGAGUUUGGGGAUGUUGAAUUGAAAUCACUUUUGAGUAUUCUCAAAAGGGGUGGUGGGGAGGGUGAGUUUGGGGAUGUUGAAUUGAAAUCACUUUUGAGUAUUCUCAAAAGGGGUGGUGGUGAGGGUGAGUUUGGGGAUGUUGAAUUGAAAUCACUUUUGAGUAUUCUCAAAAGGGGUGGUGGUGAGGGUGAGUUUGGGGAUGUUGAAUUGAAAUCACUUUUGAGUAUUCUCAAAAGGGGUGGUGGUGAGGGUGAGUUUGGGGGUGUUGAAUUGAAAUCAUUUUUGAGUAUUCUCAAAAGGGGUGGUGGUGAGGGUGAGUUUGGGGAUGUUGAAUUGAAAUCACUUUUGAGUAUUCUCAAAAGGGGUGGUGGUGAGGGUGAGUUUGGGGGUGUUGAAUUGAAAUCACUUUUGAGUAUUCUCAAAAGGGGUGGUGGUGAGGGUGAGUUUGGGGGUGUUGAAUUGAAAUCACUUUUGAGUAUUCUCAAAAGGGGUGGUGGUGAGGGUGAGUUUGGGGAUGUUGAAUUGAAAUCACUUUUGAGUAUUCUCAAAAAGGGUGGUGGUGAGGCAUGGGUGCGCUUCCAUCUAUCCGUCUUCCUCUCACAUGCCACACAGGUGAUGGUGGUGAACGACUGUGCAUACAGCACGCGCUUCUCAGCCAAGUGGACUCUCUUCUUCGACCUUGACGAGUUCUUCAACGCCGAUGACCCGCCCCCACCCCAGAAGGCAGAAGGGAAGCUCGCUCACACCCAUGUGCUGGCCUGGCCAGUGGCCACUCAGCUAGACGCUAUGGCACACUGGCACCUGCAGCUGCCGUGGGUGGACAGGAGUGCUGGUGGUAUCCACCCAAUGCCCAUACACACACCUCUUUACUCCUCUAUCCCCCUCUUCCCGUUAUCAGGUGGAAGGGAAGCUCACACGCAUGUGCUGACCACUCAGCUAGACGCUAUGGCACACUGGCACCAACAGCUGUGA